UUGGAAAACUAGUUCUCACCCGCGAUUUUCAGUACGCCCACGCGCUCUCGUCCCAUACGGGACGCAAACCGGACGAUUUUCCCCACGUCCAGCUCAUCUUAUCAAUCCCACAGCCUACUUAAAGAAAGCGAACUGCUGGAUGCGCUUCAGUUACUCUUUGGAUCCCCCGCUGUGGUCUUGGCGUCUUUCAGAGGUGGAUCAAGCCGUUAGCACGCUCGUCUCUUCAGUACUCCGACAUGACGGACCCGGGUUCGAAGCCCAACGGGGGUUUGGACAACGCGGCUUUCGAACUUCGCGAAAAGUGCGUGGUGAUCAACGAAACCGAUAAAGUGCCAGAAUUAUCGAGAAAUACGAAUUUUAACGGGUUUCUUGUGGAUCAAAACAUGCCCAGGAGGAAGAAAUCGUUGGUGCAGAUGACCAGGGAGGCUCUGCCUCGACUGGAGAAUUACAGGAACUCCAGGAGGGCCAUCAAGAGGCCUUCUCUUGGGGAACUGCAUGGCGGGGAUGAUUUUGUAAAGAUUGGGGUUGAAAAGGAUCCCAAUGGUAACACAGAAUCCAUAGAAAAACAAGGUGCACCCUCUCAUGAGGGUAUCAAGCUGGGAUGGAUUCAAGGAGUACUUAUACCAUGUCUUCUCAACAUUUGGGGUGUAAUGUUGUUUUUGAGGGUAUCAUGGGUUGUUGCAGAAGCAGGAAUAGGUGGAUCACUUAUUAUAAUAGGAAUUUCAGCGUUGGUAUGUGUCGUAACUACCUUGUCCUUAUCGGCGAUAAGUACCAAUGGCGAGGUCAAAGGAGGCGGAAUUUACUACAUUAUAUCCAGAUCUCUGGGUCCAGAAUUCGGCGCUUCAGUGGGCAUAGUCUUCGCCUUCGCCAACGCUGUCUCAGCCUCCAUCAACACCAUAGGUUUCUGCAACUCGCUGAGUGAACUGCUGAAACAUUACGGAGUCACCCUCAUCGACGGCGGUGUUAACGACACAAGAGUUGUGGGACUCAUUGCCAUCAUCAUCAUGAUCAUGAUAUGUGCGAUAGGAAUGGAGUGGGAGUCUAAGGCGCAGAAUUUUCUGAUAGCCAUAAUCUUGGCUGCGAUGGCGGACUUUAUGGUAGGCACUGUAAUCGGGCCUACCACUGAUGAGAAGAGGGCGCAGGGAUUUGUUGGGUUCAAUAUGACUGUGUUUCAAGACAAUUGGGAUGCCCGAUACAGACCACACGAUGGAGUAGUAUAUGAUUUCUUUCAAGUGUUUGCAGUAUUCUUUCCUUCAGUUACUGGAAUUCAAGCAGGAGCUAACAUUUCUGGAGAUUUAAAAGACCCAGCAUCGGCCAUUCCCAAAGGGACGUUUCUCGCUUUGGUGAUUUCCAUGAUAUCCUAUGCUCUUUUUGUCCUUUUUGCUGGUGGAGCUGCAUUGAGAGAUGCUAAUGGAAACGUAUCGGAUUUGAUAUAUGGAAAUAUUACAAGUUGUCCAGAUCCUCAUUGCGAAUAUGGACUUUAUAACAGUUAUCAGAUGAUGACUAUCAUGUCGUCUUGGGAUCUUCUUAUUUACGCAGGAUGUUUUGCUGCAACCCUUAGUACGGCCCUUACGAAUCUUCUGUCUGUUCCCCGCUUGAUACAAGCCUUGGGUAUCGAUAAAAUAUAUCCAGGACUCAUUUUCUUCUCCAAAGGAUAUGGAAAAUCUGGAGAGCCUUACCGAGGUUACUUCCUCACCUUCAUCGUAUCUGGAGCUUUUCUCCUCAUUGCUGAAAUCAACGAAAUUGCUCCUCUGAUAUCUAAUUUCUACUUGGCCUCUUACGCCUUGAUCAACUUUUGUACCUUCCACGCAGCCUUUGUCAAACCUCUAGGCUGGCGACCAACCUUCAAGUACUAUAAUAUGUGGUUAAGUCUUGCUGGGUUCGUCACCUGCGUGGUGAUCAUGUUCAUGAUCAACUGGCAAUCAUCCUUGGUCACAUUCAUCGUCAUCCUGGGUUUGUACCUUGUAGUGGUCUACCGAAAACCAGACGUCAACUGGGGAUCUUCGACUCAAGCCCAAACUUACAAAACUGCUCUUGGUAUGGCACUCAGACUGAACAAUAUAGGUGAACAUGUUAAGAACUACAAACCCCAAAUAUUGGUCUUAUCAGGUUCUCCUAAAGCAAGACCACCUUUGGUCGAUUUCGCAAAUCUAAUUACAAGGAGUAAUUCUCUUCUGAUUCUUGGAGACGUAAAAGAGAAACGCAUUCCACAUAGAACUCGGGCUACACGUAUGAAUUCGGUAUAUGCCUGGUUGAGAACUAACAAAAUCAAAGGUUUUUACACUAUUGUCGAUAAUAUGAAAUUUGAGGAAGGUUCUAAGGCUUUGAUGCAAUCUUCUGGAAUUGGGAAGUUAAGUCCUAACGUUCUGAUGUUGGGCUACAAAAAUAACUGGAUGACUUGUAAUAGAGACGACUUAUUGGCCUACUUCAAUAUAUUGCAUGCUGCGUUUGACUAUCGACUGUCUGUGACUAUUCUCAGAGUCGAGGAUGGCCUGGACUAUUCCAGGAUAACGGAAGAUGACGAAUCAACAGGUAACGCAAAUGGAACGAUGGACCAAACCAUUCCUCAUCCUCCAUCUCGCACGGAUCUUAGAACUUCCAGUAACAUGAUGCAUGCUGAUUCUAACCUAUGUUUAGCUGACUUAGUUGGAUCUGGUAGUGAGAAAAUUAUCAUAUCGCCGUCAUCAACUUCUAUCACCUUGUGUGACAGUGACAGCGUUAAAUCCAGUGCGGACUUGGUCGAAAUAAGGAAAAAGAAGAAGGAGGCAUUGUCGAAAUACCUGAGGAAAAAUUCGGACUUGAACAAAAGUAUGGGCAUAGAGAAAAUGAUGCUUUUCAGGACGAAGCAAAACAAAGGAAAUAUAGACGUUUGGUGGCUUUAUGACGAUGGAGGUUUAACGAUGUUGUUGCCCUAUAUUAUUUCGAGCAGACAAGAUUGGGAAAGUUGUAAACUCAGAAUAUUCGCACUAGCAACGAAUAUGCACAUUUUGGAAGAAGAAAAGGCCAACAUGGCCAACCUCCUCACCAAAUUUAGACUGGAAUAUUCGAGUUUGGAGAUGGUUUCAUUGUCGGAUAAGCCAAAAGAUGAUACGAUAGAAUUCUUUAACGAACUCUUGAAAGACUUUAAAACAGAAGACACACAAGGAGACGAAGCGAGAGUUUCCGAACAAGAAAUACUUGCCUUACAGGAGAAAACCUAUAGGCAGUUGAGGUUGAGAGAGUUACUACUCGAAAAAUCCAAGCAUGCAAACUUGGUAGUGAUGUCAUUGCCGAUGCCCCGAAAAGGAAUAGUAUCGGCUCCUCUCUAUAUGGCAUGGUUAGAAGCUUUAACAAGGGAUUUGCCACCUUACUUGUUGGUAAGGGGCAAUCAACAGUCUGUUUUGACAUUUUACUCAUAAAGAAACUGUACAUAAUGAAAUACAUAGACCUAAUUUUAAGAAUAAUUCGAAAUGAUCACAAACAUUUCGUUCUAGUUCUAAAUAAUAUAUUAUUUAUUUAUGACAAAGAAUUCCAUUACCUCAAAUAUUGAUAUGUUUUCACUUUUGUUACCCUGAAUGUCGAAGAUCAACAUUUCGGAUUAUUCUAUAUUCCCAGAACAAAAAUAUUGUAGUAUAGAAAAACAUAUUUUUGUAUUUCGUAAUUUUAUUUAUUUAUAAUAUAUUUAACAAACUAAUAAAUUUUAAUGUUUAUACAAUGUAAUUAAAGCAAAACUCAAUAAGUAUUUGCAAUUGUGAUGUAUUUAGUAACUAUAAUAUCAAAUUAAUAAUAAUAUAUAGAAUUAAUUUCAAUAUUUAAUUGAAAGCACCUUUAGGAAUGUCUUAUAGUAGGUAUGUUAGAUUCUCAUACAGAUCUUAUGAACAUGAUUUAUGAUUUGAGUAUUUUGAUUGAAAAUUUGAGCAAAACAAAAAUGGAUAUGGCAGUCACACUUUCACCAUUUGCAUACUGAAAAAUUAAAUGAAAUUUUUGAUGCGUUUUCGAUCUAUGAAAAAUAUGCACUCGAAAAUAAAUAGAAUAAAUAUAAAAAAUACUGUAGACAACAUUCAACAUCAUUCUCUCCAAAAUUCAAUUCCGUAAAAAAUGACAAAAAAUUUCAAAAUACAAAUAAAUUAAAACAGUCUAUACACAAUACUGAAAAUUGCACUCUGGAUUUUUUCUAUAAUAAUUCUGUUUUAUAUUUAUCACUAUUGUUUCACUGUACAUAAACAUAUUCGAAUAAAUAGGAGUCUAAAAUUG